AUGAUAAGCUACUUAGACAUUUUACUAAUCAGGAGCUUUUUCUUUUUCUUUGAACUGAAUGCUAGAUUCAUGAAAUGCUCAGCAAUUGCUAUAUUGUUUAUCAUUCUACCGUUUCACACUUUGUGGACUUUCCUAGGAACUGGAUGGUAUAGUGAUAUGAUGAAAAAUGAAUCAACCUGUCUUAAGAAUACAAGGUUCAAGGUCGUAUUCUAGAGUUUUAAUGACGAGUAAAACAAUGAUUAACUUAUCAACAACUUCCUGAAUGAAAAUCUGCUUAAUAAUCUUGACUAAGAUAGAAUGGACCCCUCAAUGAGGCCUCUAAAUGACAGAGAUCUAAAGAAGAUCAAGUUACAUAGGGCUUCAAUAACAGAGCAGAAAGAAAAUGAGAUAUGUUCCAUCUGCUGUGAUGAGAUUCAAAAUAAACAAAAGAUAAGAAAAAUGCCUGAGUGCAAGCAUGGCUUCCAUCAGAACUGCAUAGAUAAUUGGUUGAAAAUGAAGCCUACAUGCCCAAAUUGUAAUAGAAAGACCAGGGAUAUCCUGCAAUUCAAUUGA